AUGGAGGGCUGCUGGACUGAGACCAUCAGCCCGGAGCAGAGGAUCUUGUUCCCAACGCUCCUGCAGCUCUCCACUGAGGAGGUUGUCGCAAUUUGGGAUGCUGUGUCCGAUUACAUCCUGGAACAGCUGAUGCUGGACAAGGGUGUCCUGGUAGCGGGGCUUGGCACCUUCUGUACUGUCCGAGAGCAAUUGUGCCUGGGGGCAGAAGAGGUGCUGAUGGUUCGAAGACCCAUCUUCAAGCUGGGCAUGUAUGCAGUCUGGCCGCUGGGGCUGAAGCGCCCCAAAGUGACUCUCCCUGACGACAUGAAGAUCGAGCCGUUGAACUACCGGCAGUUGUCCCUGGCCACCUCCUUCCCACGGCCUGUGGUGGAAGACUGCGUGGAAGAGACCAUCCAGUUGUUCUCUUCCCACCUGCAGUACAAGGAGAACGUCUCCUUUGUCUUCAGGGACAUCGGGGUUCUGGCCCGCCAAGGAGACAAAGUGCGCAUGAAGUUUUAUGCCAACUGCAUCCAACGGCUGGAGAGCGCGGCAAGCCUCAUUGCAGCCCUUCGCAGUAGACCGUGGGCGACAGAUCCGGCAGUCCCCAGUGCAAAGAUCACCAAUCCAUGGGCCCGGCCUAGACCCGUCUACGUGUUCCCAAGGUUUCAGCUCAUGGUGGAAGACAGCCCAGAAGCCAAGGCUGCCCCCACUGGCUCCCCCUGCAGGAAGAAAAAGGGGCAAGAGCUCAGGAGCGCCAGGCCCAGCAGAGAGCGGCGUCCUGGCAAGCUCCUGCAGCCCCGGGAGGAGCUUUGUCUCCCCAAGCUGCCAAGCUGGGGGGCAGGCACGAGGCAGCAAGGCACGGAGAAGAAGCCCGCUGCCAGGACCAUUAUCAACCUGUUGGGCCACGUCACGGCCCUCUCGCUGGAGAAGGAGGCGGGUGUUGAGCACCUCCCGCAUCCUCCCGCCAGACCUCGGACUGGCCCUGCCACCGCUGCUCCCAGGGCUGCAGCACAGGAAACAGCCUGCCCUCCCAUGCAGCGCACUCCAAGAGCCGCCCGCGUCUCCCUCUUCAAAGAGAAGCAGAGGCAGCGACAAGCAGCAUUGGAGGAACUGCAGGCUAGGAUGGAAAAAAGCGCCCGGCACCAGGAAAAGAUCCGAAUUUUGACGAAGCAGCUUCACCUUGACCAGCGCUGUUCCCUAGACACAGGCAUGCCACCCAAAAAGCAACUGUCGCCGCGAGCAAAGCAGAACGUGCAGCUCACGGCAUCCUACAAAGUUCUUCGGGACAGCUGGAAGGAAAAGGUGGAGCAAAACCGCCAGAGGCUGAAGAAGGAGGAGGAGGAUCGCCGCGCUUUGGUGAUGUGCAGCCUCCAGAGCAACGAGCAGCGGGACCACAAGCUGGGCGGUGACAACGGAAAGGGGUUUUUGCUCUGGAAGAUGGCCCUGGCGGACGGUGGCCACUCCCUGGCAUGGCCUGGAGCCACCUUCCCCCAGCACAAAGCCUGA